GGUAUAUAGCAACUGUCAACUCCUCGGUCCUCUCGUCGCUGAAUUCUAGAUCCGUUGUUGCAUCGAUCUAUUUUCGGUAAGUAACCAGCAAAUAUUGGAGUAUCGUUCUUACCUUUUCGGCAACCUCCCUUAAGAUGUCGCCCUCUUUCUUGUUCUUCGCAUCGAUAACCAUCUUCAAGGUCGUUCCCGGAUCUGUUGGUAUACGUGUUAUGGGUGCGAUGUUUUGUGCCCAACCGAGAUGUGCCAUGGCCUGUUCAUCUGGCGGGGCAAUGAUAUAUAUAUAUAUAUAUAUGCGGGCCAUUGAUGCGGGGGUGAUUUUGUGUCACACUCCAAGAAUUCGCACCUCUCUUUUGACCGCAUUUUCAAACCAUCAUCACACAGUGAGUGCGUCGGCCCUGCUUGAUGUCUUUUCGUCGGAGCAGAUAUGGCAACGGACUUUCUGCUUCUCAGCAUUGUGGAUUGUGUGCUCGUGUCUGGUAAGAUCGUACGGCCUUGAGAAAACCGUGUUGCAUGGCUUCCCGGUGCUCGGGUUGAUGCGGUCGCAUUUGUGCGGCUCUCCCGUGGUCAAGUACGAUUCCAUGAGAAAGCGUGUAAUAACUGCCGACUAUCAUUACCCUGGUUUUCAGUUACCCAGUCAUGCAACCCUGAGGUAAGUUAUGUAUGUACGUACACAGAAAGGCCAAUUGGGUAUCUACAGGGGAAUGUAAAAAAUAACAAAAAAGAAAACAGAAGAAAAAAAGAAUUGGA